CUAUAGUCGCAUCUUGAGAGGCGGCCUCGAGUCCUCUGGUGGCCCACGCACGACUGGGAUGCCUCACUCUUCCUAGAACGCCCAUCUCCACCAUCCGCCACGAAUCUCUUCUGUUCUCCUUCCAUCACCGUCGAGCUGGGCCCGAGUUGCUGCGCAGGAUGAGCCCUACCCCAGAGCCCCCGACGACCAAAAAACGCGAGUCCCGUGCUGGGGCGCGUAAAGUGACGUCGCUCUCUGCCGAACAACUGGAGAGGAAGCGCGCCAACGAUCGGGAAGCUCAGAGAACCAUUCGGCAGCGGACAAAGGAGCAUAUCGAGCGGCUGGAGCACCAGGUGGCUGAGCUGAAGGCCAAGGGAGAACAAUUCGACGAUGUCGUCCGACGGAACGUGGCGUUGGAACAUGAAAUUCGGGCUUUGAAGCAUCAGCUCGCCGUGGCUAGCAGACAAGGUUAUCCGGGUAUGGAAGGGUCGUAUGGUAAUAAUGGCUCCGGGUCCAUGCUCCCUGCCUCGCAGUUCGCAGAGCCCAUGGGGAUGAAUCCAGCUUCCAGAGCACCGUCUGUCCUUUCUACGUCUAGUCGGGUUUCCAUGGGGUCGGAGUGGCCACACUAUGGUCCAACACGGUCCCCAUCAACAUGCGAAUCGACCGAGACGAAUUAUGGCAGCCGAGCCGAGUCCUACCUCUUCGAAAAUCAACUCCAACCGUCUGCAGCGAUUUCCGUCGCGCCGCCGCAGGUCGGCUACAGCGCCCCUGUCUGUACUCAGCCUGAAACGACGUUUCAUUCGUAUGCUCAAGCAUACCACACUGGAAACGUCAGUCGCGGACCGGCGGAAGAACUUGCACAGCACCCCCCGCAGCCACUCCCCUGCGUGCCCGGCCAGCGGCCUAUGUCGGUGCCAACGAUGCCAACGGAGAGACCUGGAGGAUAUCCGGUCGUCCACGCACCACAGCAAUAUCAUCAACACACUCUCCCGCCUCAAACAAGGAAUGAAUACGGCUAUGGCUGGGCCCCGCAUCAGUCCUGAGUCUACCUAGUACGUAGAUGGGGCCCUGGGAGAUACUUUUUCUUAGCACGACCCA